UGUCUCGCCAGCGUACGCAACGUUUCCAGCGACUGUACUGGCUGUUGCUUGCUGUUUCGUCAAAGAAGGCACUGUGCAGACCUUAGUAAUGGACAUUCUGGUGCCACGACGGCUGCUGUCCAAGGACCUUUUGACCAGCGAGUCCUUCGACUGCGCCGACGCCUUCGGCCACGGCACCUUCCAAAGGCGCCUGCUGCUGCUCUGCACCAUCGCUACCUCCCUUGUGAACCUCCACAGCUUUGUAUUUCCGUUGAUUAUAAAAGACGUUAAUUACAGGUGCAAGCUUCCGGCACCACCGCCGCAUUACAAUGGUUCUGCGCUCGAAUGGAGGAGUUUGUUAAUCCCCAAAGAAGCAGAUGGCGAAUUGAGCCUCUGUCGCCGCUACGAGCACCCGGAGGAACCAAACGGCAGCACCCUCAACACGAUUCCCUGCGGUGAGUGGGUGUACGACGACGAUAACGAGCCGGCGCGCACUAGCAUUGUGAGUGACUGGGACCUCGUCUGCGAGAGGCGGAUACUCGUCUCGGUGAUGAUCGCCGUCCACAUCGCCGGCUCUAUCCUGAUCACAGUCAUCGGUGGAUCGCUCGCCGACACCAUAGGCAGAUUGCCCGUGCUCCUCGCAUGCGUAGUGGUACUCAUAAUCUCCACUAUCACCGGAUGCCUUUCCGAAAGCUUCGUGACGUUCGUGGCAGUGAAGUUUGUCAGCUCGGGAAGCGUCAGCGCAGUCAUGAGCAUUACCGCCAUGUCCGUCUUCGAGAUUACCACGCACAAUAACCGGUCGCUCCAUGUCAUCUUUGCCGCAACGCUGGGCCUUCUGUUUUCCGACAUGUGGUACGCCACCAUCGAAACAGUCAAGCUUGGCUGGAUGCUCAAGCACGCGGUCUUUAUUUUUCCGACCGUGCUCAUGCUGCCGGCCUUCUGCGUCGUCUUCGAGUCACCCCGCUGGCUGAUCGCAAAGGCUCGCUUCAAGGAGGCGGAGGUGGUCAUGAUGAGUGCGGCCGCGAUCAACCACUUUCCCAUCCAUUUCACGGCGUUGACACUGGACAAGGUCAAGACGGCGAUGGUCAGGAACGGCAUGCGCUUGCCGUCCAUCGACCACGACAUGCUCAGUGGAUACUCCAUGCGGUGGCGCGCUCUCAUUUUGAGCCUUUCGUAUUUCUCCAUGACGUUCUCCGCGUUCAUCCCGUCGUUUGCCACUGAGAAUAGAAAUGAGCCCUGAUACACACUCGGUUCAUUUUCCGUGAACCUGUUAGGCUACGCGAUGAUGCACCUGCUAAUCAGCAGGCUCAGCAUACUGACCGUAAUGAACGUGUGGUUUUCGGUGCUCGGCUUGCUUGAAUGCCUACUGAGUGUAGUCGUCGGUGGGGGUGCCGGGGUUAUGAUCCAGGCCCUGGUUAUGGUAGCCACGGCGCUCUUCUACUCCGGAUCUAUUCUUUGCUUCGUCUACACCCUCGAGCUUUUCCCUACAGCCAUCCGUGGUACGGUGGUGUGCUGUGUCUUCGCCUGUGGACGUCUAGGCGCCGUGUUCGCAACAGCAGUGCUGGAGUUCCAGAAGCACGGACGGGCGGACCUGGGGCACGCAGUGGCCGGCACUCUUCUUUUCGCGUCGAUGUUCGCCCAGGGUGGCCUACCACGGGCCACCUCAGUGGAAUGCACCAAGAUGGACUACCGGCGCGCGUCGUUUGCGCCCGAGCGCCGCAUGGAGUAUAUGAAGAAGACGCUUGACUCAAGCAUUCGCACUACGCGCAGAAGCAAGAGUAGUGACAAUAUCUCAAAAUGUAGCACUGCCUCUCUGAGUAGUCGACGUUCGCGUCACUAGGCGUGCGUUAAACAUUGCGCGCACCUUUCCCAGCUUGCAUUUUACAAUGGCUGCUGUUUGCAGGUGACUGGUCGUGAACCUGUAAGCUCACGCGUCUACAUCUCGUGAUCUGCAAUGUGUUAUACGCGGCCAUGAUUCACACGUAGUGUCCGUGAACUUGUCUAAUAUUUUUCUGCAGACGCAAUUUUAUAUUUAUUUCGUCUAUAUUUUGGAUUUUCUAUGAAGCAGUGUCUGGAUUUUUCGCCUUAGAAAGCGCGGACAGGAGCACAUUGUAGUGUCCUCCUUGCUUGGGCACAUGUCCUAAGGUGCCCCAUUAUCACCAAGAACGUCAGUUUUUCAGGCAACCCCACUCGUGAACUUUCGUAUUCUAUGCAGACAUGGGCGGCUAUUAUUGCACCUGUUUUGUUCUUUAGAUACAUAUCUUCUUUUGUUUUCUGUUUGUAGGGUUGUGUGAAUUUACUAGUGAUGUUUGUGAAUAGGACGAUGGACGUCGGACUUUUUGGUACAGCCGUUUUCAAGCUUAAUUAAAGUGAACAGCAUGUUAAUGCAGCUGUACUGAA